ACUUCAACUGUCACGCUAAAAAACACGAAUAGUUAAACUGGCCCCACCGCCACCACCACCACCCCCUACCCUCUCCACAUGCAACUGUAAAAAUGUAUCCAAGAUCUAGGGUUUUAAUGUGAAUUUCUCUGCUCAAUGCUUAUCAUAUUGUUCCUUCUCACAUUCCCAUUCCAAUUAUGCUUUUUUUCUUGAAGUUUGUCUUCUUCUUGCUCCCAAUUUUGUUCUUUCCUCAAUGCUCUCAUGGCCGCAUCUUCACCUUCAAGAUGCACCACCGCUUCUCUGACUCGCUCAAGAAUUGGUCUCAUUCCGCUUAUAAUCACUUCCCUUUAGGAAACUGGCCGUCUAAGGGAAGUUUCGAGUACUAUGCUGAGUUAGCCCACCGUGAUCAGAUUCUACGAGGCCGUAAACUAGCCAAUGUAGACGCACCGCUCGCUUUCUCAGAUGGGAACUCCACUUUUCGAAUUAGCUCUUUAGGAUUUUUGCAUUACACGACGGUGGAGCUGGGGACGCCGGGAGUCAAGUUUAUGGUGGCGCUUGAUACGGGCAGUGAUCUGUUUUGGGUGCCUUGUGAUUGCAGCAAAUGUGCGCCUACUCAGGGCGCCGCUUAUGCUUCUGAUUUUGAGCUUAGCAUUUACAAUCCAAAACAAUCAUCAACAAGUAAAAAGGUAACCUGUAACAACAAUUUGUGUGCACAUCGUAAUCGCUGCCUUGGAACAUUCAGCAGUUGCCCUUACAUGGUCUCGUAUGUCUCUGCUCAAACUUCUACUUCUGGAAUUUUGGUAGAGGAUGUUCUGCAUUUAACAACUGAAGAUAGUGAUCCAGAAUCUGUCAAAGCAUACAUCACAUUUGGUUGUGGACAGGUUCAGAGUGGUUCAUUUCUGAACACUGCAGCUCCAAACGGCUUAUUUGGGCUUGGCAUGGAGCAGAUUUCUGUUCCUAGCAUUUUAUCUAGGCAAGGUUUAACGGCUGAUUCUUUCUCCAUGUGUUUUGGAUCUGAUGGAGUAGGAAGGAUCAGUUUUGGUGACAAAGGAAGUCCUGACCAAGAGGAGAGCCCAUUCAAUGUAAAUCCAUCACACCCAACCUAUAAUAUUACUGUGACUCAAAUUCGAGUAGGGACUACCUUAGUGGAUGUAGAUUUCACUGCUCUUUUUGAUUCUGGGACAUCCUUUACAUACUUAGUUGACCCAACCUAUGCAACAGUUUCUGAGAAUUUUCAUUCACAGGCAAAAGACAGGCUACGACCACCCGAUCCCAGGAUCCCCUUUGAAUAUUGUUAUGAUAUGAGUCCUGAUGCAAAUGCCAGUCUGAUACCUAGCCUGAGGUUAACCAUGAAAGGAGGAGGCCAUUUUGCUGUUUCUGAUCCAGUAAUUGUCAUAUCCACUCAGAGUGAACUUGUAUAUUGCCUGGCUGUUGUCAAGAGUGCGGAACUCAAUAUAAUUGGACAAAACUUUAUGACUGGCUACCGUGUUGUAUUUGAUCGGGAAAAGCUUGUCUUGGGAUGGAAAAAGACCAAUUGUUAUGACAUCGAGGAUUAUAACAUGUUCCCAAUGGAACCACAUGCUUCCAGAGUGCCUCCUGCUGUUGCAGCUGGACUAGCCAACUAUUCUAUUCCACAAUCAACAAAAGAGGCCAGGAAUGGCUCUCACAGUCACAGUUCAGUUGCAUCACCAUUUCAUUGUAGCAAUUCUUAUUUUGUAAUUAGCUUCAUAUUCUUCUUUACAUUAUACAAUUUAUUGUAGGCUAUUCUAUUGUGAUUCAUUUAUCAGGGCAGUUGCAUGGGCAUCUUUUAGGCCA